AUUUGAUAUUAUAUUAUUGCAAUUAGAUAAACUUACAAAAGAUUACAAACAAAAAGUUAAUGUUGUUGAUCCAAAUCUUAGCAAAAAAUUGUUUAUUCAGUUGGUAUGGGGACAGACAUGCAAUUUGAAGACAACAUAUAUGCGCUAGUAUAUGCGUAAUUAAAAUGACGACGAAAAUAAGUUGUUUUGAAAACGAGUGCGGAGUAUUCCAGUUGUGACCUACUUCUUGUGGUGGUCAAGUUUCAUUGAAUGAUAGACUGCUUUUAAGAGUAUCAAAAUUUAUUCAUUGGCUACCAUUGUGAAUAACUGUACCUGUAACGGACAAGUUCAUCUGAAACCUUUUAAUUAGAUAUUAAAACUCUAAUCAUUGGCUAAGUUUGUCGCAGUUUUCCCAAUUGUAGAUAGUAAAAUUAAAGUCUUUCCUAGCAAACAAUCGUACAUUCUGUUGGUUAAUUUGAUCUGCAUAGUAUCAGUGAGUAGUUGAGGGAUAUAACAAUAUAAACAUUCGCGAUAUUCUAAUCUGCAUCUGUGUUUCUCAUGCUGAAAUAUCGAUAUAUCGUUUUGCAUCACCUGCUAGUAAAUAUAUCGUUUUGCCUCAUCUGCUUUAGGUUUGUGACCAACGUGCAAUAAUUGCUCAGGCCCGGAAUUUGUGUUUGAGUGACUGCAAAUGUUUUAAUACCCGCACACCGGAAACCCACUGCUACGGUUACGUGCCGGGUGUAAGGAAAGACGAGCAUCAUCGCCAACGUAAAUUUUUGCUUCUGGCCACUGAACCUUCCCAUCAACAACAAACUUUCAGAUGAUUCCGCCAACGAAACAGUGCCAACGAAUAUGCUUCGAAAUGAGAUAGUCAUGUCACGCGAUGACUACAAAGUUCGGAAAAAAAUUUUCCCGAGCGGAGAACAUGAACAUGAUGCAAAAUGAGCCUAUUGGCAGCGACGGCCAUCGAAUCGAUUGGCAGAAGCAGAUUUUCCCCGCACUUUGCACGAUAGUCAUCAAUUCGAACAAUUUCAAGUUGAGAGUCGCAACCACAUGGUCUCCGGCUUACCUAAUCGAUGCGAGCAGCUGUGAUGAUGGACUAGCCGUGAUUUUGCUCAAUCGGCCUAUUCUACUGCACAAGGAAUACUUUCGCUCAGUUUGGAAUAAUGCAAAAAUCCGCAUUACCGUCGACGGGGGUACGAAUCGAUGGGUGGACUUUAUUAAGGAAAAUAUUGGCACAGAAGCACAAUUAAAGCCACCCGAUCUGGCAACGGGGGAUUUCGAUUCUUGCACCGAUGAAUCCAUGUCGUACGUAAUGCGGUUGAAUUGCAAGAUAAUCAAAACACCCGACCAGAAUGCUACAGAUUUUACAAAAUCUCUCAAAGCGCUCCAGAGCGCCGGUUACGAUAGCGAAAUAAGUCGGAUUCUGGUGUUGUGUGAAAGUUCUGGCCGGUUGGACCAAAUCAUGGCCAACAUUAAUACUUUGUUUCUGGCCCGUGACAUUCUACCGAAUGCAUUUGUAUUCUUGCGACCCAGUAACUCUCUCAGUUGGCUGCUACCGGCGGGAACCCACUUAAUACAAAUUCCCCCUCGGUUGGUACACGAACGUAUCUGGUGUUCGCUUUUUCCUAUUGGACAACGGGCCGUAUGUAGAACUAGUGGAUUGCACUGGAACCUCGACAACCGGGUGAUGGAGUUUGGCAGUUUGGUAAUUACUUCGAACACUUACUCUAGCCAGGAAGUUCAAAUUCAAUCAGGGAGCGCCGUACUUUGGUCAAUGGAAACGACCCCGAAGGAUAUGUGAUAAGAGUAUUGCCUGAGCAACUGAAAAUACGUGUUCAUGUCAACGGGCUUUUAGGUGCCUAAUACAAUCACCUCAUUUCUGUAUGUUGCUUUAUUAGAUGUACGAAUAUAUUGAUAUAG